AUGAUACGUUUCUUUUGGGUUAUUCUUCUACAUCACUGUAUCAUCACGACAUGCGUCGAUCCUACGUUGGGCGGCGAUCUCCUCUCAGGAAAAACACCAACCGAGCUUGGUGACCAAAAUCUGAACCAUGAGCUUUCUACACCAAAUCAUCUCGAUAUGUUCCCGGAAAUCGAAACUUCUCUCGAUGGAUUCAAAGUAGAGUCUGCGGGUGGUUCGAGAAGUGGAACGGAAUCUGGGGAACUCCCGUCGGCGACAUCGGAUGAGAUCCGCGAUACCCAAACGUCCGCUUCUGAUAACCUCGAGGGAAGCCAGCGUGGAAAUUCAGGGACGGAUUCCGAUGAGUUCAAAGGGAAAGUGUCCCAGCCGUACGGAAGGGAUGGUGUGCUCGAUCCCUCGUCUUUCAAAAAAUAUCCUCAAGGACAUAUAACUCGGAAACAAGAUGGCUUGAGGCGCUCACGUCGAAGGCCUCUCCCAUAUCCAUAUGCACACCCCAGUAAAGGCCCACUGCCCGCGAGCCCGAACGGACAUAUUUAUCAUCCUUCGACUACACUACUCCCGCAGCCUGACGGUUGGAUUCCUUUCUUCUCAAAUUAUCACGAUGCAGCAACCUGGUUCAGUCAUGGUUUGGGCUAUGGAAAUUUCCAUACCUUUCCGAUUGGGACGCUCUGGGAGCCCUCAAGACAUUUGCCUGAAAGCUCUCUCAGUGCUCAUGAAAUGCACCCAGAUAUCAUUCCACAAACAACAUACCCACAAGUUCAACCAUACAAUGUCCACGGGCGAUCUGAUCAUGCUACAGUAUCAUCAAACUGGGCUCAGCGGAGUCUCCAUGCCCCACCCUUCGUCAGCGUUAAACAAGACAAGUCACAAGCCAAAGGCAUUGUAACAGCGCACGAGGUUCAAGUGAAAGAGGAAGAGCCUCCCAAGGAAGUCGAACCAACGGAUACGAAGGGAAAACCACCAGUGGACGCGUCGUCCAGCUCAAAAGAAAAAUAUGCGCACAUUUUGAAUUCAGGCGCCACGGCUGAAAACUUCAUGCCACAGUCGAGCCAGGAAUCGUUACAUCCACAUGAUGAUGAGCAUCCCAAAAUCACAGGUUCCGAUGUCGUAGAUCCACACAAAUCUACUGGAGAAAGCCCUAGAAAUACAGGUGCUAGUUUCGCUCCUAUGACCGAUCUCAAUCCAGCAGUAAAGCCGAGUUUCAAAGAUCAAGAACUUGAGAAGCAUGCAACAGAGACAGUUCCGUUACCCGUUCAGCAGAGCUCAGAUCCGAUUUCCCAAAAGGCUAGUUAUAAAAGCAUAGCAUGGGCAGGCAUGAAAUCGAAGUCUGAAUCGGACUUCAAAUCAGGAACAAGUGUAGGCGACACCUCACGAAUAGAAUCACAAAAGUCUGAUCAAAUUUUGGAAGGGGAUCAAUCCUCUGAUAGACGUAAUCAUGCGCAGGUCAAAGCGGUUCAGAAACAUAUUUCGGAUCAAAUAGGAAAUUCCAGAAUCAAUAUCCUAAAGGGUGCAAAGGAGCAAAAGAUUCUACGUUCCAAUCCUGUUUUUCCCGAUGAGGGAUCCAAAAUUGAUCCGCUUUCGGAACCAGACAGUCUCGUCCAAAAUGCGAAAAAAACGAUCUCAAGCGAAUGGAUAAGAGUCCAGAAGAAGAAGAAUAGAGGAGCACAGAAAACUUCAAUGAAAUCCAAUGCUUUGUGGGAUACGCUUCCAUCUCAGGGUCAGGACACAUCAGAGGAAUUGAUGACUCAGGACAGACAGCUAUCCACGGAUGACAAAGAGUCCGCUGCGUCGGAGGACAAUGUGAUCGAGCCUCUGAAAAGCCAAGCAACUUCAGAAGUGCACGAGGCAAAGAUUCCACAAUCGAACACCGUAGAGAUGCAUGGGUCCGAAUCCGCCAAAACCUUUUUCGAAGAUUCUACGCCGGUCGACUUGCACGAAGGCUUCUCCGGAGAGUCUUCCCCUGCGAAAGACAGAACCGAUAUACUCGCGACCUAUGAGGCUCAGAAAUCAGCACGCUCCAAAAGGAAAAAGAAGACAAAGAAGACAAAAGCUGUGACUUCUAUCAGUACGGCUGAGCCCGAAAAGGAGAUUGAGAUCUCAGCGCGCCAGAAUGAUCUUCCGACGUCAGAAAACUCUAUCAGAGGCGAAAGUUCUGUAACCCCCUUAAAGUCGAUAAUCUCCAAGGUCCUUCGAUAUGAUGAUGUUGAACAUAUCGUGCAGAUACGCAUGACCAAAGAGGACUUUCAGAGAAUACGUUUGGCACAGGAUGACUUGGUGUCAUCAGGCAGGUUCCCAGAAGUCUUCGGCGAGAAAUGGAGGGAAUCGAUUAAUGAUUUAGGCCAAGAUCAAAGAAAUCCCGUUGAAGUAUUCAGAAGGAUGAGCUCUCUAAGAGCUCAAUACUCACAGAAGGCGAUCUUGAUGCACUGGGGCCUCUACAAAUCUAAACUUAGUCCACGAGCACAAGAAGCUUGUCAGCUCUUGAAAGUGGAUCAAGAAUGGCCAACGUUUUAUAACGUCGAUUCCAAAUAUCUUGUAACUUCCAGGGCGAAAUUAGAAGCCCUUGAUUUACGCGAAGCACAAGAUCUUCGUGAAUUGUUCUUUGAUAGAAAUCGCGAUUCACGAAUAUCGACUCUCUAUUUGAUGGCCACAAUGCAACCUCACGAGAAGGUUUUCACGGAAUCAGAAUUUGUAUCAUUGUCAGAAAAUGGUGGAUCAAUUCCUGUACUACUACAAAUUUGCAAUCUUCUCGAAUUAUCAAUUCCGGAAGUCAUUUGGAAAACAUUCACAAAAAAACAAGUUUUGGAAAAGCUGAACGGGAUGAAGAACAUCAUGGUGGGAAUCUUUCAAAUGGAAAAGAAUCUAGAAUUUAACGUGGAUGAUUUUGUCUGGGUCGCAUCAAAUACUCGAGCAUUCAUUCUGAAGUCACGGAUCUCCGCCACUUUCGAAAGAAGAUUGAAAUAUUUGGCUAAAUUGGCUGAUAAACACUUACCACCUAUACCGGCAGAACAAUGGAUGCCUGAGGAAACCCAUCUCAAUUGGGAUGAUCAAAAGAUGGGACAAGGAGAAGCAUUGAUCGCUGCUCACUUUAGCUUGGAUUUGAAGAACCUGGCCGUCUUGAAGCGUUUGAUCACACAUCAGAAGAAACCGUCACCUCCAGGGGUGGGACACGUGAUAAUUUGGCCAGGGAAGGCUGAAGAUAGAAUGAAGCAACAGAUCACUGAAUUUUACAAAUUCCACGGUAUAAAUUUGUUGAGUAACUAA